CUCAUUCACUACACGAAUCACCGGGGGCAGCGGUCAUGUCAAAAGUUCAACAUUAACACACGCGGACAAACAACUUAUCAUUUUUACAAGAACGUCUUUAGUAUAAGAAGAGAUUAUUGACAAUGUUGGAAAUGGAAAACCUAAGUGCGGUGAUGAAAAAGAAAGGAGAGCUUGUUCUGGAGAAUACACCGAUCCCCUUGCCAGGCACGGAAGAGGUUCAAAUCAGAGUAUCGGCGGUUGGUAUCUGUGGCUCGGAUAACCACUACCUUGAGCACGGAGGAAUCGGUCCUUUCAGGGUCACGUCACCGGUCAUUCUCGGCCAUGAACCUGCCGGUGUGGUGUGCGCGUUGGGAGAGGGGGUUACGAGCCUUCAAGUAGGGGACCGCGUAGCCAUUGAGCCCGGCGUACCUUGCAGGAUGUGUUCAUACUGUAAGGAGGGGCGCUACAAUCUCUGUCCCGAUAUCGUCUUCUGCGCCAACAAACCAACCCGUGGCUUUAUGCGCCGGUUCAGCUGUCACAAUGCGGACUUCUGUCACAAGCUUCCUGAUCAUGUUUCUCUAGAAGAGGGUGCUAUUUUGGAACCUCUUUCCGUCGCCAUCCAUGCUUGUCGCCGGGCCGAGAUAUGUCUUGGAAGUCGUGUUCUUAUCAUGGGGGCAGGUGCCAUCGGUUUGUUGUCCAUGUUGACUGCCAAGGCCAUGGGAGCAACACGCCUUAUUGUCACUGAUGUGGUCCAAGAUCGGCUGGACUUUGCCAAGAAGCUGGGAGCCCAUCAUGCAUUGCGGGUGGACACUCGGGACGCUGAGGAGAUGGCACGUAGAGUGGAGGCGGCAUUGGGAUGCAAGCCGGAGAUCAGCAUUGAGUGCAGCGGAGCAGAACCCAGCAUUCAGACAGGAACCUAUGCUACCAGGUCAGGUGGUGUCUUGGUCCUGGUAGGCAAUGGAUCAACUCCCACCGUCAACUUGCCGCUUGUCAAUGCAGCAGUGAGGGAGGUCGACAUUCGUUGUUGCUUCAGAUAUGUAAAUUGCUACCCUCUUGCCCUGGAGAUGGUUGCAUUGGGCAAGGUGGAUGCCAAGCCACUGAUAACUCAUCACUUCCCCCUGGAGAAGACACUGGAUGCAUUUGAGACGUCCAGGACCGGGGCAGGAGGAGCCAUCAAGGUCAUGAUCCACUGCGAUCAGUAAGACAGAUGGAGGAAUCCGAAGGCAUCAUCAUUAUCUGAUCCUAGUUGAUGCAAGAUUAAGACCGCAAAAGGUCUGAUAACAUUAAUCUUGGAGACAGCAAAAUCCCCACAACAACAACAAUCCCUACAAAACCAAUUGAAAGUGAUCAAAUCUAAUAAGGUCACGAUACACUGCCAUUAGUGAGAUAUACUGUUACCAUGGCAACAGAAUCUACUGUGACCAAUUAAAAUGUCACAUUGGAUGCACAAAAUCACCAUGGAAACAGUAAGAUGCUUAGCCAUCGACUGUGAUAACGAUCUAGUCAGGAUACGAUGCAAUUAAUGCGAUUGUGAGGCACAGCAACCUGAGACCAAACAGCAAUGGAAGUUGAUGAGAUCUAUCAAACUAAUGAUACCUUGGACCUCGAAAUCAGGUAUCUCCAUGACAACGGUGAACGGUGAAGCACGCUGUAAUAAUUAAACACUUUGGAAUUAACUUCUCACCGCGGCAGGUCUGGUUGAAUGUUUAACAGUUGAUCAGAGUUGGAAAUUAAUUUGUAUGUGAAAUGUGAUGACUAAAAUAAAAAGAAGUGCUGUUAUACAAUUGCAAAUUUGUACAUUCUGUAAUUAAUUGCUUCAAAAAAAAAAAUUAUCAAGUAAGUGUUAUUUAUAAAAAAAAAUCACAUUAAAAUAAUCUGACCGUCCAGAUUUUUGGUAUUACAAUUGCUUAGUGUUUUUGUCAUUUUCAAGUUGCAGAUAUGCAGAAUAACAAGUAUCAAUUUUUGUUCCUAUAUGCACUUGGAUUGGUACAUAAGAAACCAGAUUGCCAGAGUGCAUCUGGGUUUGAUUUGCAUUCAUUAGGGGAUGUUGAACAAUAGAGGACAAAAGGGUCCACAAUUCCUGAAGGUCCGCAAUUGACAUUCAUGUACAAAACAUAAGGGAGGUCUUCCUAAAAAGUUAACAGAAGAGGGACAAUAGGGGUCCACGGUAUACGGUGUUUAUAUACACACUUGUGUGAUUUGGUUGAUUUUUUUUUAAGCUGUACCAAUAAAAGAUUUCAUAUCUA